AUGACGGCCCUCACUUACACCCACUCACCCUCCCUCGCCCCCCUAACAACUCACUCCCCCCAAUGCCUCUCCGCCUCCAGCAACCCGCCCAUCAACUACCUCAUGACCAGCGUCCUCGUCCUCCGCUCUCACCCUCCCUCUCGCCAGCCGCAAAUCCUGCUCCUCCGUCGCCACCCGGCAGAUUCCUACCCUCUCAAAUGGGAACCCCCCGGCGGCUCCGUCGACGCUUCCGACCCGACGGUGCUCUUCGCCGCGGCUCGCGAACUGCACGAGGAGACGAGCCUCCGCAACCCUCAUUUCCACACGUGGGUCGCCAUGGCGCGGGACGGGAAUCUCGAGGGCGCCGAGGCGAUGAAGAGCUGGGGCGUGCGGCCGGAGGAGGAGCUGGCGAGGGACGUGGAGGUGAAGGUUGACGGGGGGAGCGCGGUGCGGGUGACGACGUUUUUGGAGACGAAGAAUGUUUGGGGCAAGAUGAAUUUCGUCGCGACGGUGGAGGGGGCGGAGGCGGUGGAGAUUGAUCCGGAGGAACACGUUGAGUGGGGGUGGUUUACGGAGGAGGAGGUGAGGCGGGGACGAGCGGUUUUGCGCUUGGGGGAUGGGGAGGAGAGGGAGAGAGUGUUGGAGUUUACGAGUCGGGCGGUUUGGGGGAGUGUUUUGGAGGCGUUUGGGGUGGGGAGGGAGAUGGGCGUGAUUGUGUGA